AUGGCAGCUCUCCGCUCAACAUCGUCGCGGCUACUCGCUGCGACUGCAUCGCCACGCCCGGCAGCAUUGCCUUUGAUGUUUGCGCGAUCAAUGGCAUCAGUUGGCAGCGCUACCGUAGAGGCGAACCCGAAGGGCAGCACCGAUUCGCGCAUGAAGACCUUCCACGUCUACCGAUGGAACCCUGACACUCCUACCGAGAAGCCGAAGAUGCAGAAGUACACGCUGGAUCUGAAUAAGACAGGACCCAUGGUGCUUGAUGCUCUCGUCAGAAUCAAGAACGAGCUAGACCCGACAUUGACAUUCCGUCGAAGUUGCAGAGAGGGUAUCUGUGGUAGCUGCGCCAUGAACAUUAAUGGCACAAAUACAUUAGCUUGCUUGUGCCGAAUUCCCACAGACACUAGCGCCGAGAUGAAGAUCUAUCCACUACCCCACACUUACGUCGUCAAGGACCUCGUGCCUGACUUGACGCACUUCUACAAACAGUACAAGUCAAUCAAACCUUACCUUCAACGAGAUACACCCGCACCUGAUGGCAAGGAAUACCGACAGAGCAAGGCGGAUCGCAGGAAGCUGGACGGCCUGUACGAGUGCAUUCUAUGCGCGUGCUGUUCGACGUCGUGCCCCUCUUACUGGUGGAACGCUGAGGAGUACCUGGGACCCGCCAUCCUCCUUCAGUCUUACCGAUGGCUAGCCGACUCCCGCGACGAGCGCAAGGCAGAACGCAAAGCCGCGCUCGACAACUCAAUGAGCCUGUACCGAUGCCACACCAUUCUCAACUGCACGCGAACAUGUCCCAAGGGCCUCAACCCCGGAUUAGCGAUUGCCGAGAUCAAGAAGACGAUGUCUUUCUAA